UAGUAAAUAGAUUUCGUAUUUAUUUAGCAUUAUAUUUUAUUGAAACGCUUCAAGUGCCUGUGCACCAACGCGUAGUCAACAAACGCGAGCCCGUGGCAUUUGGCAGUGGUUUUGUAACUUCAGACUCAGUCUCAGACAACAUAAACAUGAUAAAGCAAAAUAAUAAUUGAAUUCUGCACGGAAUUAUUUUAAUUAAUAUAAUUAAUCAUAUUAAUAUAAUUGUGCUGAAUUUUAAAACAAUUAAAAAUAGAAUUUUAGCCCUGAUGUCAUGACAAAACUGUCAAAAUUUCAUAACACUACUUAGUUAACAGCUAGUGGAUUGAUUGGAACUCUCAAUUUAAAUAAAACUCACGAAAGUCUAUAAUUUUAGCUUAUGCACCCUGACCUACCUCUCCAUACUAAUGAUAAUGUUAUUGAUAUGUCAAAUUAGCUUUUUAUACAGAGUAAAAUAGUGACCUAAGCUAAAUGGCGGAGCAAGAUGAAGCAGGAGCCUUGGGUCCACUGCCCUCGAAAGCUCGCCGCUCAAGUUUGUUCGAAAUAGGUCGGCCCUCUGUACCACUGGGAUCCAGUGUGCUGUCAUGUUCCCAUGAGCCCCACCAAGAGGAGGUGAAACAGCGCAAGGUAUCUUAUGAGAACACUUAUUGCAUGGAACCCCCUCAACGAUUUAGACCUGGGCCUGUGCAAGAAAUAAUACAGGAAGUCUUGGAAGGGCAUCUGAAGGGCACGCACUAUAGCCCAAUAACCUGUAACAUCAUGAGCAAGGCACUCGCCCAGGAGAUCAAACACAAAGUGAAACUGCUAGACAUAGACAGAUACAGGAUAGUGGUAGUCGUCAACAUUGGGCAGAAGAAAGAUCAGGACGUGAGGAUUGGCAGCCGCUGCGUGUGGGAUUCCUCGCGAGAUAACUUUGCGUCGGCGUUCUUCGAGAGUGCCCACCUGUUCGCGACGGGCACCGUGUUUGCUGUCUACUACGAGUAGUUAGCGGAAAGCAGCAUGAUCUCGCUGUAACGUAAGACAUGCGUGAGUGCAGAGUGAGGCUCAUCAGGUGCAUGGAGUGGAGGUUACUGCGUAUCCUGAGAUCCUGAGCUGAAAAGCAUUGAGUGGGUGGGGGUGGGGGUUUUAGUUUUAACGUGUGUUACGUCUAGUUCUCCGGUCACUUUAUUAUCGUUAAACGUUUUGUUGGUAUUAUCAGUAGAAGAUAUAUAUUAAUAUGUUAGCAUUUCUUAUAGCCUCUUCUCCGCUCUCUCAUGUAUGGACAAAUCAUUUUAAAUAAACUCUGUUAAAGUUUUACGUA